AGCCAGCAUUAGCCACAUGGUUUGUUAUGUUUGUUUUUCUGACAGCUCGUUGUUCUCAUAAUGCUAACUCAGAUAGCUAACAUUAGCCAAGUACAUGUCAACGUUCAUGUCCAGUUUCUUAACGCUUUUCGAGUGCGACGUGCUCGUGAAAUGCGUCUUAUGGCACAGUAUUUAAUGAAUACAACUAUGUAAAUAAUGCACGAGCUGGCUAAUAAUUCAUUGAUACACUUAGUGAGGAGCAAAGGUAUCAUUGCAACAGUGCGACUCUGUUUGUCUGACAAAAUGAUAGUCUUUCAUCUCUGUUCCUUUUUAAGCAUUGCAAAAGAGCGGCCAACCAGCUGUGUGGUGUUCAAAUUCUUUGGUUUUGGAUCCAAGUUAACUGCUGCUUUUUAUUUGUGGGAUUGAUUAGCGUAAGCAGGCAAAUUUGGUGUCAACGCACUGAACCUAUAGGCAUUGUAGGACGAAAUGAAUGCAUGUUAUUGUAACCCUGCUGUGUGAUGUAGUAUCAGGUGGUGGGAAGUAGGUCAUCGAUGCUGGCAUGCUGUCAACCUUGUUCUUAGUUUUUACAAUAUUCUAAUGGCUUGUUGACACAUUUAAAUAUAUAUAAUUACUGAUGUAAAGAUUCACACCCCUCAUUCUACUUUAAAAAAUGUAUAUUAAGUGUAUUUAGAAAGUGAAACAUUUGUAUUAGUAUUAUUUUUAUAAUUAUUAUUUAAUUACUUUUUCUAAAUCAAAAUCUGAUUAAUUGCCAAGUGGGUUUCAAAUUGGCUUGUUUUUUUGUAUAUUGGAGCAUAGCCUACAUACACUGAUAAUAAGAAAGAAAUACAACCAAAAACUAAAAGUAUGUAAAACAAUUAUGAAUAUAGAAUAGGAAAAAAAUACAUCAAAAAUGUGAAAAAAAUAUCAAAAGUAGCUGAUCAAACCAAAUACAAAAAUGCAAAAACAAUCUGAGUUUGAAUGAAAAAACCGUAAACCUUCAUCCUUUCCUCAGCCCCCCUUAUGACUGUAAAUUAGCAUUAUGUAAUAGCCUGGUAGUCUUUUUUAAGUUACUGCUCUUUAUGCCUUAGAGGUAGUUUUGAUUUUGUUUUGUGAGCUGUACUGAAGUGCUGGUAAAUGAUUGACCAGUCUGUGUUUUGCCCAGUUAUAUGUCCUGCAGGCUAAACCAACACAUGAAGCUGCUGUCUGAAGGUCUGUGCCGAAUGUUCUGCUAUGAGGCUAAAUCAUACGAGGCCUGUCGAAAAAGGACUAGAUACAGACUCUGAGCAAAGGGAGCGGUGCCUCUGAGAUAGAUAGAUAGUAGUAGAAUGCACUGUAAUCAUUGGCAGGCUAAUGGUCAUUUACACACUUCCCUUUAUUGUUAUUUUAGCGUGAAUACACUUUAAAUCUUCACAACACAUUUUUGUCAUGUUCAUGUUUCGUGUCUUUGGACAUGCAGGUCUUUCUCCUGUUGAUUUGCUUUUGAAUUUGUUCAGAGGGUUUCAACAAAGUAAGCCUUUAAAUUACAUAAAACAUGGAAAAAUUAAAGAGGCCCUAUAAUGCGUAAGUGUGUUAUAAAGGAAUUUUGUGCAUGUAUAUGGUCUGCUAUGGCUACAAUUCGCUAAGUUCACACCAUUAAAUUCUUAAUAUAGCACAUUUCUUUUUGUUUGUUAGUGUACAGUAAAUCUAACAUCAUUUGUUGUCAUUUCUUUCUUUGCCAAUGCUGAGAUAUAAAGCAAGACGAUUGUGUUUUUUAUAAGAAACCAGGACAGUUCCAGGCUUAUUCCGACACCAGACACUAUAACACUAAAGGAUAAUUUAUCCCGACCAUACCAUGUCGAUCAUGAAUUAUAGUGGAACUCACUUAUGUGACGUAGGGUGGAUGUCAAGUAAAUUCUGAGGUCAUGCUUGAGAUGUAUGUGCACAUUGUGUCAUUUGUGUGUGUGUGUGUGUGUGUGUGUGUGUGUGUGUGUGUGUGUGUGUGUGUGUGUGUGUGUGUGUGUGUGUGUGUGUGUGUGUGUGUGUGUGUGUGUGUGUGUGUGUGUGUGUGUGUGUGUGUGUGUGUUGGCUGGGCACAAGGCAGGGCGUUGUAUCUUUACCAGCAGCCCCAGUUACUUGGAACAAAAGCUCUGUUGUUGAAGGAUCAUGUGACUGUGUGUGUGUGUGUGAGUGUGAGAAAAAAGUGUUCCACCCUUGUCAUGUGAUCUGAGCUCGGGGCAGGGUCUAAAGUGCUGACUCUCCCUGAGAGGAUUCUUCCACAGACAGGCAGCAAGCAUGCAGGCAGAGAGGGAACGACCAGAUGGAUGGAUGUCAGACAGAGAGGAGGUUUGGACGAGGGUCAAACACAGGUGGAGAGACAGAGAAAGGUGCAGAAAACAGCACUGUUGCUUUUCCUACAACCGCUACCACUGGAAUUAUUUCACUCUCCUCGUGUCUCUUGGUGGAUUUUAAGUGGCAGCCAAGUAAAGAUGCAAGCUUCAACUUUUCCACAGCAAGCAGACGGAAAUAGCUGGAAGAGAUACAGGAGAAGCCUUCUCUUUUUACAACAUCUGAAGUUGGGACAGAUGGAGGGAGUUGUAAAGGAUUGUUCAGGGCCCUCUGUUCGCCAAACUGGUGGAGUCCAGCAGACAGUCGGGGGUGCUGUGACCGCUGACACCCGAGGAGCAUGAGUCAUGACCUCAGUGGUGCUGGUCGACAAUGGUGGGACGGUGGUGGAGUACGUCACCGCUGAAGAGGAGGACUCCCAACAGGAGGGAGAGGGUGAGGGGGACCUGGAGUGUGAAGGAGAGGAAGAAGGCGAGUGUGAAGCUGAGGAGGCCUAUGAAGAGGCACAGGACAGGGACGAGGCUGAGGACUUCCCAGCAGUCAUUGUGGAGGAGAUGCCCAGCGCCAGCAUGGCUGGCGAGCAGGGUUACUCGGCCCAGGUCUUGGUGUACGAUGACGAGGUCUACCCGAUGCAGGACGUGGGCGAUGAGCAGGAGGUGGAGACAGAAGUGGUGGAAGUGGAGGCUUCUGUCCAUGGCAACCAUGUGUACUGCUCUGACAAGACCAUUGAGGCUGCAGAGGCUCUGCUCCGCAUGGAUUCACCUUCCAGCAUCAGAGAAGACCGUAGCCCAGACUCUUAUGUCGCGCCUUGCAUCGUCACGCCAGACUUCCUUCACGCUGCCAUGCGUCCAGACAUGAUUUCAGAGACAGAGGUGGAGAUAUCCACUGAGGAGUGCUGCGAGGAUGAAGACGAGGAGAUGGUCACCCUGCUCGAAGAACCAGAGCCAGGACACGAGCCUGUCAGGAAGAGGAGGGCUGGACGGAAGCCAAAGACACAUCAGUCAGCUAUAUCCAACGGCUCCCUGGACCUCGGCAUCAAGAAGAAACCAAGAGAAGGCAAAGCAGGAAGCACCACCUACCUAUGGGAGUUCCUGUUGGACCUCCUCCAGGACAAAAACACCUGUCCCCGCUACAUCAAGUGGACCCAGAGGGAGAAGGGCAUCUUCAAACUGGUUGACUCCAAGGCUGUGUCCAAGCUGUGGGGCAAACACAAGAACAAGCCAGAUAUGAACUACGAGACCAUGGGGCGGGCACUCAGAUAUUACUACCAGCGCGGCAUCCUGGCCAAGGUGGAGGGCCAGCGGCUGGUGUACCAGUUCAAAGACAUGCCAAAAAACAUUGUCAUCAUCGACGAUGACAAGGCAGACCUGCCCUCCCCCGACGACAUGAUGGACUCUGAGACCGUGUCCUACGAGCGCGUAACGCCACCCUCGGACAUGCUGCUGCAGGCCUCCGAGCUGUCCUCCAAGAAGCCCAACAUCCUGCGGGGCGGGAACAGGGCCAACAUGGUCCACACCACAGUCAACACCGGCAACAAGAUGAUGGCGGGAAGCGGUGCAGCGAUGAUGGCGGGCAUUCAUAGGAUAGUGUCCGUGUCAGGAGCGUCGGACGGGAGUCAGACGCAGCACUCUCACACGGCUAUCAUCCCAACAGCAACCGGGCCCAGGACUGUGCGAGUGGCGAUGCAGGUGCCUGUAGUCAUGACGACAUCGAUGGGUCAGAAGAUCUCCACAGUUGCCGUGCAGCAGCAGACGGGAACGACGGGGGCAGCCGGACACACCACCCUCCUCACUAACAGCUCCGCCAUCGGAGCUACCGGGAACACAAACUCACAGCAGAAGGUUGUGAUCCAGACCAUCCCCACCAUGGUCCCGGCCACAGCAGAGAACGGAGACAAGAUCACCGUCCAACUGGCCAAGAUCAUCACCAUCCCCGCCCACCAGCUAGCUCAGUGCCACCUCCAGACCUCCCACGGCUCCCACAAGUCCAGCAUGGGGGGCACCCCAGGGGGCAUCAGUCUGCUUGGGAGCCCCCUCACAGUGCGGGCCCUGGCGCCUGUCAACGUUGGCCCGGGAACGCCGGUGAUGAGGCUUACCGUGCCGACGCAGGGGCAGCAACAGACUCUAGUGGUGUCGCAGUCGGGCAGCGUGGGGGGGGUGAUGACGUUAUCCACGGCCAAUCAAGCGAUGACGACGCAGUCUCGAGUCAUAAGCGGCAUCUUUAACGGUUCGGAGCUGGUGAUCGGAGCACCGGGGGCCAGAGGCGUCACCAUGGAGAAGCUGAAGGCCGCGGGGGUCCAGGUCCAAACGCUGCCGGUGGCUGUCCAGCAGAACCAAGCCAAAACUGUCCAAUCAGACGAUGGGGAGUUGGUUGUAAAAUUGGACACACCCAACGUGACAAUAAAGACUGAAGAGCCCGAGUGCUGAAACAUUUCAGAGUUAGUUUGACCUUGUUUUUACUCCUGAAAUAACCAGCAGCCGUCUGACAAACUUUAAAGACUCCAGAAGGCCAGUUUUGUUUUUUCACCCCCCCUCAGAACCACACCUACACCCCUCCAACUGUCUCUGCAUCAUAGACUUCAAAAGGGACUUGUUGAAUAAAAGGUAAAAGGGACCAACCUGGAUCACUACAUCGUAUGCCUUUCUGAGCGGAUGGCCGGCACUGACUGAUAUUGGAAACCUUGAAAACAAGUAGAAACACUACAGAUGGAGGCAAAUAAUUACCGCUAACCAAAAUGUGACCUUGAAGUCACAGUCAAACGCAGUGAGGGGUGUAAUGACCAUGUGUUCAUAGUUCUGCCUAUACUGAUGUUAAAAAAACCAGCAACUUCUAUCACUGUGCAGAUCAACAGCGAGACAGAAAGUGGAGCUGCCAGAAGCUAUGAGAAGGAACGUAUCAGACAGAAAAUGGUCAUGUAUGUACAUAUUUAUAUAUAUAUAUCUACUAUAUUCAGUUUACGGAGCUAAAGUUAACAGAACAGCCUUAGAUUAAAAUUUUUCUUUUUGUCUGAACUGUAAGCUGUUUUUUUUCUGUGUGUUUUGAUACCUUGUACCAAGCACAGUAUUAUUGAAACUAAGAAGAACUAAUGUUUGUAUUUUGUAAUAUUAGUUCCUCUUUCGCUAUCAGGCUGUUACACGCUCAUAUUGGUUAGAACGACAACCUGUUGUGUGGAUCAGUGUGUCCUCCAGCGUCUAGGGAAAUCUCUAGACUUGAAUUUCACUUUUAUUAGACAAAAGCAUCUCGGAUAUUUCUCAAUUUGUUUUGACAAAAUAUAUAUAUAUAUAUAUAUAUAUAUAUAUAUAUCCCAGGUGAUUGUUACUUAAAACAGAUGUGCAAUUUGCCAGCAUACAUUUUGUGGACCCCCCUUUUUGGCCCCGACUCUACAUUUCAUUUUUAUUUUUAUGUACAGAGAGGAAGUUGAUAGUGUUCAGACUGAACUGUUUGUAUAUUCAACAUUUGAAGUAUAUUCUAUUUUGUUGUACUCUUGUUUCAAAGUGUAUUAAAGUAGAUUUUACUGAAAUAUAAAAAGACAUUUGAAACCUAA